AUGAAAGGUAUAUGGAUAUUGGAAUUUUUUGCAAUUGUACAGUUUGCGAGGUAUCACGAAAAUAUUCGAACAGUCAAUUGUUCGCUAUAUGUGUGUAGCAUUAUUCCCUUUUUGUUAAGUAUAACUAGUCACAAAAAUAUUCGUAUUAUCUUCACGUCUUUUCAUACAUAAAUUAUCUACCUAUCUAAUUGAAUUUUGAAAUUUUCAUCGCAUCCGAUUGUUCGGAGUUGUACAAAUUAUAACCUAUUUUUGUGACUCGCUGUACAUAUUUAGAGUAAAUAACUCAAUUCCAAAUGUUCCUAUACAAUUACAAAAGUCGUUGUUCAUUGCGAUGUUAAUUAAUUUUCGCAGAAAGUUGCGUACAACGCGUCCAAUAAAUUCGUAAAAAUUUUCCAUAAAAGUGUUCUGCCUAUUGUUAAUGAUUUUUUCGUAACAUAUAAUAGGAGUUUGUGUUGAAACAAGUGGAUCGAAAUUUGAAAUUGAUUUAAUUAAAACAAAUGAAUUUCGUACAAACGAAGUUCCACUGUAUCGUGAGAAUGUACGGCUCGUGGUGACCGACACGCAUUUUAAUUGCAUUCUGAAAGUUCGUGGCUUUUCAAAGCCCGUGUCCCGUAGGCACCGUCUUCUUCACUCGGUGAAAUUAAUCGAUGUGUUGUUAUGUUCCAGGUGGUAUAGCGUCAUGUAUAAGAAAUUUUCGAACCGACUUUCUGGAGGAAUGGCCGACUCCUGGCACGGGACCCCAUUUCGACACCACGAUGCAGUCGAAUUUCACAGGGCUCGUGGGGAAAACCGUGCAUCUAGUAUGCAAAGUGAAAAAUCUCGGAAAUCGCACGGUAAGUUUAUCAAAUUCAAUUUUUUAGAAUAUAUAUACCUUCACUCGCUUGAAACGAGGGAAAAGAUCAAAUCUCUUUGAUCAAUUGACACUACAACAAUCAUUGACGCUAUAUUCGUCCUCGUGUGAUUUUCAGCUCUUACCUAGUAUUACACGUGUUUGUUUAUAUUCAUUUAUUUAGUAUCUUCUUUCAGUUCAGUUUCGCAUACAUGACAAAAAUUAUUAG